AAUUAAGUAUAUGGUCGAUAGAUGACUCUGUCGAUCAUAGUGUUUUCACGGAUUGUCAAACAUUUUUUGACAUUGACAAUAAUAUUAACAUGCAUUUGAGACACUGUUAUUUGUAAUUUGAGAAGACAAUUUUUUGUGUUAGAAAUGGUAAAUUUAAAUUUGAAUCUAAUUGCUAUGCAUAUUUGGAAGAUUUUCAAGCGUAACUAUGAACACGGAUAACAAAUUAUCCAUCCACUCUAUAAUCUUUACUGUGCACCUUAGAGAUGAAACUUACAUCCUAAUUCUUUUAAUCCAAUUACUCAAGAAGAGCUCUUAAUCCGUAAAGUGAAAAAUAAGUGUGUGCUUUACAAGAACCGUAAUGGCAACGAUGAAACGGAAGGUGAAAUGUUGUGUGGAAGGAUGUGAAGAUGUUGUCAGCAUGAGACAUCGUUUUCCCAAAAGCAAUCCAACAUUUUUCAAGAUAUGGAUAGACAAUAUAAAACCCAAAAAUUGGGAAACAUUAUCUGUGCAGCAAAUCUAUAAUAGAUAUUAUGUGUGUCAUGCCCAUUUUGAGAAGUGCUAUCAUCUGGUUGGAAGUUUGAGAGGCCUCACAGUUCAUGCAGUUCCUACAUUGGGUGUUCCAGGUGUUAAUAAUAAUAAUAAUACUGUUGAUGAGCCAAUGAACAUAUCAUCAAAAUAUAAAACAGAAAUGGAAAUAUCACAGCCUGAAGAAUCAAAGAAUAUUAUGGGGCUAACAAAACGAAAUGGUGCCCCUAAAGUACUUAAUUAUUAUUUGAAUCGACCAUCAACUUCCAAAAAUAAUAUACAACCAAUACCAUCAGUAUCUAAGCCAGAAGAAUUGCCGAGCUUUUUGGAGCCAAGUACCCAAUAG